AGCAGCAAAGGAAACUCCCUCUUGUCAGUGACUGACUCCAGGCUCAAGAAACUUUCCCGAGAAAGGGAUGCAGUAGGUGGAGACGCACAUUUUUGGAACCCGUGAGAGAGUUUUCAGGAAAUAGAACUUGAGGAUGAAAGGCAAAGGCAAAGAACUCCCUCACUUGCUGGCCUCUCUGGUCAGUGUCUGCCUGGCUACCCUUCCUUAUGGCAGUGCCUGUCCCCGCCGUUGUGCCUGUUACGUCCCUACAGAGGUGCACUGUACCUUUCGGUACCUCACAGCCAUACCAGAUUCCAUUCCUGCCAACGCAGAACGCAUCAACCUGGGUUAUAACAGCCUGACCAAACUGACUGAAACAGACUUUACUGGCCUGCACAAGCUGGAGUUGCUGAUGUUGCACAGUAAUGAGAUUCGUGUCAUCUCAGACAAGACAUUUACAGAUUUACAUGCUUUGCAGGUUUUAAAAAUGAGCUACAACAAAGUCCGAAGACUUCACAGAGAUACCUUUCAUGGCCUUAGGAGUUUGACUCGGCUGCACCUGGACCAUAACCACCUGGAAUUUAUAAACCCAGAGACCUUUUAUGGACUCACCUCUCUUCGGCUUGUGCAUUUAGAAGGAAAUCUGCUCACCAAGCUCCAUCCCAAUACUUUUGUCUCUAUGAGCUAUCUCCAGAUAUUUAAAAUAUCUUUCAUUAAGUACAUCUAUUUGUCAGACAACUGCCUGACCACCAUCCCACAGGAGAUGAUUCUGUAUAUGACUCAACUGGAGAGCAUUUACCUGCAUGGAAACCCCUGGGUUUGUGACUGUGAGCUCAGUUGGCUUCCAGACUGGAUACAACAGCAUCCAGAUAUAGUAAAAUGCAAAAGAGAAAGAAAUGCCUCCACUUUUCUUCAAUGUCCACUAUGUACAAAUCCUAAGAAUUACAAAGGUAAACGCUUAGCUGAGAUCUCAGCUGAAGCCUUGACUUGUAUGAAGCCAACCAUUGACUCUUCCCUGAAGAUAAAGAAUCUCACUCUACCAGAAGAAGGGGAUUCUGUAACUCUCUUGUCCAAAGAUUUUGUUGCACCCCUUGGUUUGAUCAUUAUGAACUUGACAGACCAGUCUGGGAAUGAAGCUAAUUUGGCGUGCAGUAUUCAGAAGCCUUCCAAGACGUUGCCCAUUUCUUUUGUUGAAGAGAGUGGCCAUAUCACAUUGAAUACGUCAUUUUCCACCUUCCUUGUAUGUAACAUAGAUCAUCAUCACAUCCAACCACUCUGGCGAAUUCUAGCCAUGUAUAGUGAUUCUCCACUGAGGCUAGAAAGAGUGCUUUCCCUUACCCAAACAUCCCAUCUCAGUCAAAAAUAUAAUCAGAUUACUGCAAGGAAUGAAGACAUUUUUACUGAUAUAAAAGCAGAACUGAGAGCCGAUCCAUCUUGGCUGAUGCAGGACCAUAUAUCAUUGCAGCUGGAUAGGACUGUGACCACCCUCAGCACUUUGCAUAUCCAGUACCUGACUGAUGCCCAUGUCACUGUGCCACAUGAAAAAGGGCCAAUCAAGCACAAGUGGACUAUGAUUUCCAGAGAUAAUACUACUAAGCUGGAGCGUACUGUUUUAGUGGGUGGGACCACAGAACUGGACUGCCCAGUCCAAGGAGAUCCCAGUCCCCGCUUAGAGUGGGUUCUUGCAGAUGGGAGCAAGGUGAGAGCCCCUUAUAUUAGUGAGGAUGGGAGAAUCCUAAUAGAUAAAGCUGGAAAGUUAGAACUGCAAGCAGCUGAUGGCUUUGACACUGGUCUCUACCAUUGUAUCAGCACUAAUUAUGAUGAUGCAGAUAUCCUCACCUAUAGGGUUACUGUGGUAGAUCCAAAUGUGGGAUCUUAUCACAUAAAUGGGGCUCCACACAUGAGUUCUAUAGGUGAGACACUCGACCUUCCAUGCCAGUCUGCUGGGAUCCCAGAUGCCUCUUUCAGUUGGGUUCUCCCUGGAAAUAUUGUACUUCAUCACUCCUUAGGAAACAAGCAAAUUCUCAGUGAUGGCACAUUAAGAAUAUUGAAGGUCACUGAACGAGACAGUGGUUAUUUUCGAUGUGUAGCAGCUAAUCCAUAUGGUGUUGAUUUUUUGAUUUUCCAAGUAUUGGUAGACAUGAAAGGGCAUAAUCUAGAAUAUCAAGAUGGAGAAGCUGAAGGCUCUGGACAAGAAGAAUCUAAGACUACUACCACAAACCCCAAGGAGCCACCAGUAGUACAAAACACAGUGCCUCCAGAGGCUGAUGUGACAAAACAGGACAUUUCAAAUCCAAGUAAAAGAAGGAAUUACACUGAGCUAACUUACCGCCGCCAUGGAGAGGCAAUAAACAGACGUUUUAGAGAACACAGAAGACACUUUCCUCCUUCUACUCGAAGACUUGACCCAAGACAAUGGGCAGCAUUUUUGGAAAAAGCUAAAAAACUAGCCACACCAGAAAAAGUAGGAAGUGCCAUAACUGCACUCCCUACACGAGUCACUCCACUCUCAAAGCUCUCUGCAGAUGGAGAAGAGUCAUCUGGUAUCUUGCCUCCAGAUGAAGAGUUCAUGCUCCUCACAACAAGAUCUCUGGCGAUAUCAGUAAGCCCAGUGACUACAGAUCCCAUAACACGAUCAGGCAGUUCAGAAACCAGUAUCUCUCCUGACAUGGAAGCCUUUCCAAUAGUCAGUCCACAGACUUUACAACCUGAAAGGCCUGCAGAAUUCAUUUCAAAUACAAAUUUAAAUCUAUCCACAUCUAUCAAAACUGUACCUGUUUCAACUCAAAUUAACCUAAAUACAUCAGGUAGCAUGGCAGGCAUCAUCACUCAACAACUACCUACCACCUCUUCUUUGAUGCCAAUUACAGUCAAAAUCUUGAGCGAAGAGCAGUCUUUAUGGGAAAGAAAUGAACAUUUCAAAAGCAUGUUGACAACAUCAAGAGAUGGUAUUAGCAGAGAUAGCAACAUCAGUAUAUCUGAGGUCCCUGGUGGCAAAGAUCUUGUAUUUAGAGACUCUAUUAAUGAACUCUCUCAUCAACACAUGUCUGUAAUAACAGAGAAUGAGUCAAAUAAUGGGAAUUUUUAUUCCCAAACUACUAUAAAAUCUCAUAAUUCUAAGUUUCCCACAGACACAACAAUGCUGAUGCAGAAUCCGGUUUGGGCCAUCAGUGAUGUCACUACCACACCCCCACUAAUAAGACAUUAUGGGAGACGGAGGAAAAUUUGGGGCAGGAGGAGAAUUGUCAACCCAGGGAGAGUCCCUAACACCAGAGGGCAAAGAUAUCCAUUUUUGAGACCAAGAUUCAAAUUCCUACCUGAAGAAAGGACAACAUUGCUUCCAAAAGAACUUGGCAUGAAGUGCCCAACAUGUACACCUGGAAUGGUACUUACCACAGCUCCUUCUCAUUUUUUUCUUCCAAGUGCCGUGCAUGAUCCCCUCCCUAAAAUAGAGUUUGCAGAAGUAACAUCAGCACCCACUACUCCAUACCCACAUCCAGCAUCACAACUUGAAGAGGUAGAUAAGCCUAAUGUUGAGCCAGAGAAAACAACUCCCACAAUAAGAUAUUUUAGUGCAGAAAGCACACAUGUAAUUCCAAAAAAUGAAUUGGUGACCCUUGCUCCUAUGCCUCUGGAUACAGGAAAAACCCUUCCAAUGAGCACAAGUCAUCCAGCUUUGUUUAGCACCACCCCCAGUGCUAGUGUGACCAAGAAAGGUGCACCCAUUCCUACAACUCAUUCAAGUGUUAUGGCCAUCUCCUCUGCUCCUAGUGUGACAGUUUUCACAAGAGCAUUUAGAAGAAAAAUUCCAUGGCACAGAAUUUUCGUGAACAAUUAUGUCCAAAGAGAAGUGCAUAAGAAUCUUCAUAAAUCAAGUUCACAAGCAAACACAAUCACAGUUCCUCCAAAAAUGUCCCCAGUAGUGCCCAUAGAUGGAGGUUCUUUCCAUUUCACAACUCUCUUAUCAAAAGAGAUGCAAAUCCCUACUAUAACUCAGAAACUCCCUUCCACUCCUAAAGGAGCCAUCCCUGAGAAUCUCCCAACAACAACAGACCUUCCAUCUUUGUCUGCAAGUACCACAAGGAUAUCUAGAACAGACAGUUUUAUGUCAACAUAUUCUCCCCAUAUUGUUCAGCCUUCAACCACUGUCAUCAGAAACCGAAUAGCCAGACCUGGGAGACGGAGAGGGCAAAGGCGAAGGCGACCACAGAAAAAUAUCAUGACCCCACGGACCAUUACUGAGUUUGAGAAUGUUAUCACCACUUCACCAGGAAUGACAGCCACUCCCAGUGAAAUGGUAGUUCAACCUUUAAUUAGUCCCAGCACUUUUACUGUGACCCGGUCUCCAGAAGGCAUUAAAGAAAUUCCAACUUCAAAUAGUUUUCAUCCAUUAACUUUUAAUGCUACAGAUGUAACUGAAGUAUUUAAAAUGAAUUCUCUGGCACUAACAAAGACAACUGAUGCUAAUAUGACCUCACCCAGUAAAAUACUGCAAAGUACUUUUACUAGCAAAACACCAUUCCUGAGGAUUAGUAGUGGCAUGGAAGUACCUGAGGUUACUUCCAUUCCCUUGACCAGAAGUGAAGUAACUUACCAAGUGCCCAUUACAUUCUUAGGGACAAUAGCUCCUAAUGAGCCAAAGCCACAUGAAACCACAAGUCUCCAUAUUGACCAGCACAUGUCUGGGCCUGAGACUGAAGCACCUUCUAAAUCGCAUCCCCAAACAAAGUCCUCUUUUAGAACAACCCCCUCUAUCUAUGCUGAUCUAUAUCCCACACCAGCUUUGCUCCUAACGACAGCUGAACCACAAAGUUCCAAGGAUAAUGUUACUCCUCUCUGGUUAGAAAACCUGUUUUGGCACCAAUCGUAUCCAGAAAUUGAUGAAAGAGGCAAAAGACCAGGAGCAAAUGUGCUGACCACAAUAAACUUCGCAGAAAGGUUCACCCAACAUACUCCAAAGUGGGGAGGUCACCAAGAGAAUGUAAUCAAAAGCAGCCUUGAUCAGGCAGCAGUUCAAGAAACCACCACUGCUAAGCACCUAACUUUUGGCUAUCUGUCUAGAAAUAGAUUUGAAAAACCUAGGAUAGUCGGAGGCAAAGCAGCUAGUUUUACAGUGUUGGCUAACUCAGAUGCCUUCCUCCCUUGUGAAGCCACUGGUAACCCUCUUCCUACUAUUCACUGGACCAAAGUCUCAUCAGGAACUGUUUUAUCUGAAGAAACACAGGAGAGCAGAUUUGAAGUAUUCUCUAAUGGUACUCUCUUCAUUCAGAAUGUGAACAUUCAGGACCGUGGACAGUACCUGUGUGUGGCUGCCAAUCAGCAUGGAUCUGAUAGACUUCAUGUCACUUUGUCAGUGAUAGCCUAUCCUCCUAGGAUCCUGGAAGGUCGAACAAAGGAAAUUACUGCUCAUUCUGGUAGUUCUGUGGAAGUAAAAUGUAGAGCUGAAGGAAGGCCUACCCCUAAAAUUUCCUGGAUUCUGGCAAAUCAAACAAUGGUUUCAGAAUCCUUUCAAGGAAAUAACCAAGCUUUGGUGAAGCCUGAUGGGACUUUGGUCAUCAGCACACUCACUGUUUAUGACCGUGGAAUUUAUACCUGCAUGGCCAAUAACCCUGCUGGUAUGGAUUCAUGGCUGGUUAAGAUACAAGUCAUUGCUGCACCCCCAAUUAUCUUGGAACAAAAGAGACAAUUUAUCACUGGAAUAUGGGGUGAAAAUUUAAAACUGCCCUGUACAGCUCAAGGAAACCCUCAGCCCAGUGUUCACUGGGUCCUUUUGGAUGGCACUGAAGUGAAACCUUUACAAUUUAUAAAUGCCAAGUGGUUCCUGUUUCCAAAUGGGACCCUUUAUAUACGGAAUAUAGCCUCUUCAGACAGGGGUAACUAUGAAUGUAUAGCCACCAGUUCCACUGGUUCAGAGAGAAGAGUAGUUAACCUAAUAAUAGAAGAGAGAGAUACCAUUCCUAGGAUAGAAACUGCCUCCCAAAAACUGACUGAAUUGAACUUUGGAGACAAAUUGUUACUGAACUGCUCAGCUACUGGAGAACCUAAGCCCAAAAUAAUCUGGAGAUUACCAUCCAAGGCAAUUGUGGACCAAUGGCACAGAAUGGGCAGUCGGAUCCAUGUCUAUCCCAACGGAUCCUUGCUUAUUGAGGCAGUCACGGAAAAAGAUGCAGGUGACUAUUUGUGUGUGGCCAGAAAUAAAAUGGGCGAUGACCUGAUUUUGAUGAAAGUCAGCCUGAGAAUGAAACCUGCCAAAAUUGACCACAAGCAGCAUUUCAAGAAGCAAGUGUUAUAUGGGAAGGACUUCCAAGUAGAUUGCAAAGCUUCAGGCUCGCCAGUGCCAGAGAUAUCUUGGAGUCUGCCAGAUGGAACGAUGAUAAACAAUGUCAUGCAAGCAGAUGAUGGUAGGAGACGGUCCCGGCGAUACAUCCUUUUUGAUAAUGGAACUUUGUAUUUCAACAAGGUUGGAAUUGCAGAGGAGGGAGAUUAUACCUGUUAUGCACAGAACACUCUAGGGAAAGAUGAAAUGAAGGUUCACCUGACAGUUGUCACUGCCUCCCCUCGGAUAAGACAGAGCCACAAGACUUAUGUUAGAGUGACUGCUGGGGAAAAUGCAAUACUUGUCUGUGAGGUCAUUGGGGAGCCCAGGCCCCAAAUAUUUUGGUUGCUUCCUUCCAAUGACAUGAUUUCAUCCUCUACUGACAGAUUCUUGUUAUAUGAUAAUGGAUCAUUAUCUAUUAGCAAGGUAAAGUUGCUAGAUUCUGGAGAGUACAUGUGUGUUGCACGAAAUCCAAGCGGGGAUGACACAAGGCUCUACAGACUGGAUGUUGUCUCCAAGCUCCCCUUAAUCAAUGGUCUGUAUUCCAACAAGACAGUCAUCAAAGCAACAGCAGUGCGGCACUCUAAGAAAUACCUGGACUGCCGAGCAGAAGGGACACCUCCGCCACAAAUAAUGUGGGUUAUGCCAGACAACAUUUUCCUCACGGCACCCUAUUAUGGAAGUAGGAUCACCGUCCACAAAAAUGGCACCCUCGAAAUCAGGAACGUCAGGCUCACUGACACAGCAGAUUUUAUUUGCAUCGCUCGUAAUGAUGGAGGGGAGAGCAUUCUGGUCGUACAGCUAAAGGUAUUAGAAAUGCUACGACGACCAACAUUUAGAAAUCCGUUUAAUGAAAAAAUUGUGGCUCAGCCUGGGAAACCCUUGGCAUUGAACUGUUCUGUUGAUGGAAAUCCACCCCCAGAAAUCAUUUGGCUUUUACCUAACGGCACACGAUUUUCUAGUGGAACCUCACAUUCCCGGUAUCAGCUAGGAACAAAUGGCUCCUUGAUUGUUAUUAAGCCAACUAGGGAUGAUGCAGGGAAAUAUCGUUGUACCGCAAGAAAUCAAGUUGGCUACAUCGAAAAACUAAUCAUUUUGGAAAUUGGUCAGAAACCUGUCAUUCUCACAUAUGUGCUGGGGAUGAUAAAGGGUAUCCCUGGAGAACCUGUAACCCUUCACUGUAUGUCUGAUGGGAGCCCUAAGCCUAACAUCAUCUGGACAGUGCCCAGUGGUCAUAUGAUCGACAGACCUCAAAUGAAUGGAAAAUACAUAUUACAUGAAAACGGCACAUUGGUCAUCCCCAAGGCCACUCCUCAGGACAGAGGAAGCUACGCGUGUAAAGCCCAGAACACCAUCGGGGAAGCGGUGAUAACCAUCCCAGUCAUGAUCGUGGCAUACCCACCACGGAUUACCAAUCGGCCCCCAAGGAGCGUACGGACACUGACCGGAGCGGCCAUUCAACUCCACUGCGUGGCUCUGGGGAUACCCAAACCAGAAGUCACAUGGGAAAUGCCUGACCACUCAGUGCUUUCUGCAGCAGACAAAGCUAGGUCGGCCGGAAGUGAACUUCUUCACCCACAAGGCACGCUCAUUCUUCAGAACCCCAAGACUUCGGAUUCAGGGAUGUACACUUGCACAGCAAAGAAUCCCCUUGGGAGUGAUUAUGCAUCAACUUAUGUUCAAGUGAUCUGAGAUGAGACAAUAACAACAGAGUUUACAUCUGGACAGAGUCUGUUUUUGGAAGAAGUUUAAUCAAAGGCAGCCAUAGGCAUGUAAAUGAUUUUAAAUACAUUUACAGUAUUAAAUUUACAAUGGACAUGCAAAAAAAAGUAAAAAAAGACUUGGAAAAAAAUCUUGCAUGAUGAACUCCUACUGAUUUCUUCAAUGACCAAAUGGAUUUCAAAACAAACUUUAACUUAAGGCACUUUUAUUUUGCCAACAAAUAACAAUGACCAAUAAAACUAUUUUUCCCAUAAAAUAAAUCUUGAAUGUACCUGAAUUCUUCAGUAAAGGAUAGACCUACUCCCCUACCCCCACUUGCCUAGUGUCCAUCUUGUAUCAUUAUAAGCAUGGCACCUACAUUAUGGAAAACCAAAAAUGAUUUGUUUUUUUCAUGAGCGGUAAAUCACCAUCCAGAUGUACAAAUAUCUUGUCGUUUGUUUAUAAAUAUUUUGUUAAAGCCUACAGAAGACAAAUGUUGAAAGUUUUGCUCAUGACACAUUAUACUUUCACACUGUAAAUUUUCUUUCACAGGGAAUAAAAAAAAAAGUCUUCAUAGUUGGAUUUUAACAAUAAAUGCAGUCAGAUUUUCACAUUUAAAAAGGGCCUGAACUUAAUAAAGGAACUGGUGUUUAUAAUCCACCAAUCUAUUGCAAAUGCAAGGAAACAUUUUUAGGAUUUGAAAAAUUAUAGUGUGUAUGUUUGUGUGCGUGGGUAUAUUUGGUCCAGAUCAGUGAGUACACUGGUAAGCAGCUCCCACUGUGGAAACUACCACCAUCAAUUAGAAUAGACCACUCAUCUCUAACUUCUAAUCAAAGUUGUCCGGGGCGCUGCAAUACAAAGUUGAAGGACCUGCUAUGAUUACAUGGCCAUAAGUAGGUGUCAGAGACAGGAGUCGAACCUACAUUUUCCUGACUUUAUUAUCCACUCUCCCAGGCUGCCUGUUAUCUCCAAAGAAUGCCACACUGAAUUCUGAGCUAUAUGGCCUUUAAAAAAUAGAGACUUUCUUUAUGAGAAAAUAUUAAGUGAGGGACUUUUAUGCUACAAAUGAAAUUUCAUUGCAUUUCAAAUUGAAAGAGAAUUCAAUCAACUUUUGAUGAAAUGCUUUCUUUUUUAAU